UCGUCUCUCUGCUGUCUCCUGAGAGUCUGGUAAAUCUUUCGCAAGCUCAGCGCUACGCAGCCGAACCGACGACGAUGGCAGCCGCCGCUCAGCGCUCCUCCUGGCACUACACGUCGCCCACCCUGCCGCUCCACCGUCGGCACGGCCUCCUGCGGCAGCAGCCGCCACAAGCCGCGCGAAGAGGGCGGUGGCCGAGGUUGCAGGUGGCGGCGGCGGCGGCUCGCGGGGCUCGGGCGGAGGACACCAUCAGGGCGGCCACGGACGCCGAGUUCUUCCAGCCCUCCGACACCAGGCCCAUCAUGCUCUUCGACGGCGUGUGCAACCUCUGCAACGGGGGCGUCCGGUUCGUGCGGGAGCACGACCCCAACAGGAGCAUCAGGUACGUGCCGCUGCAGAGCGAGUCGGGGAGGAAGCUCCUGCAGAGGUCAGGGAGAUCCCCCGACGACAUCUCCAGCGUGGUUCUCGUCGAGAAGGAGAGGUCCUACAUCAAGUCUGAAGCAGUGCUGAGGAUAAUGGAGUACCUCAACCUGCCCUUCCCGCAGCUCGCCAUCUUCCUCAAGUUUGUCCCUCUGUUCCUGAGGGACUUCGCAUACGACAAUGUUGCAAACAACAGGUACACUGUGUUUGGCCGAUCUGAAACGGAAGCAUGCGAGAUACUGUGAAUUGCUGCCCCCAUGACCUUGAUACCUAGUUUAUAUGAUCAGAUACCAAUAAUCUGCAUACAUGAUGUAGCAUGAACCAUCGAUAGGAUCAUAUUGUAGCCUGUGUACAAAGCACUCAUCUAAGCACAACUUUAGCUCUGUGCUAGCACUGAAGGGUAUUAGCUAAAAGAAAUGUCUGAAAAUUGUAUUCUUGGUACCACCAUGCCUGCAGUGCUUCCAUGGGCAUUCAAAGUAGUGGCAUUUGCUGGGGCAGUUUGGUUCGCCCAAGAGAGGUUAAUGUUGCUGAAAUAGAUGUCUUGGCAAGGAACACUCUGGCUGCACAGUAAUCUGAUGGCUUCUUGCUCUGAGGAUGUA